GAGGCAGCCGCAGGCAGCAGCGAGAUUCAGGACGCCGAGUGCACAGCUUUCCGGGAGGACCCGGGCCUACGCUCGCCCGAGGGCUGUUGAUGCGCCGCCUCCGUGCGCCCCUCGUCAAACGGCGGCGGUUACUGCUUCCGAGGUCAUUUAACUGGGACGCGUCUUUCGGUGCAGACUUGGCGCGCGCCUGCAGUAGCGGCACCAACCUGCGCCCAAACCCGGGCAAAUGACUUACCUCUGCCCUCGCCCAGUGCUCGGCUACCAUUUCCUUCCAUCUUUGCUCCGCUCUGUGUUUAACGGCGCGCGCCAGGCAAGACCGAGAACGGAGGCCGCAGGGCCCUCCUGGCCAGAUCUUUUCCGAGGAGGAUUUCCAGCCCCAAAUUUGAGACCGAUCUCCCCUCUCAGCCAGAACCGUGGGCUCGUCCGGAGGGAGGCACAAGUCAUCUCCCCCAGCAAACGGGCCCGGCCUGCGGAGAAGGGCGGCAUGCGGCUCCGCUUUGUCCGGCUUUCGGAGCACGCCACCGCUCCGACCAAGGGGUCCGAGCGCGCCGCGGGCUAUGACCUAUACAGUGCCUAUGAUUACACAGUACCACCUAUGGAGAAAGCCCUUGUGAAAACAGACAUUCAGAUAGCUCUUCCUUCUGGGUGCUAUGGGAGAGUAGCUCCACGUUCUGGCUUGGCUGCAAAACACUUCAUAGAUGUAGGAGCUGGUGUCAUAGAUGAAGAUUAUAGAGGAAAUGUUGGUGUUGUACUGUUUAAUUUUGGCAAAGAAAAGUUCGAAGUCAAAAAGGGUGAUCGCAUUGCACAGCUCAUUUGUGAACGGAUAUUUUACCCAGAAAUAGAGGAAGUUCAAGUUUUAGAUGACACUGAAAGGGGUUCAGGAGGUUUUGGUUCCACUGGAAAUAAUUAAAAUUUAUGACAAGAACAGAAAAUGAGAAAAUAUACUUUUUUUCCUUGAAAAUAAAGGCUUUGCUUAAAGUGUU